AUGGCAGCGCAAGAUCCCCGAGUCCUCCUGCAAAAGGCCGACAAGACCAUACAGAGCGCAUCAGGAGGCUUCAGCUUCUUUGGUGGAAAGACGGAAAAAUAUGAGAAUGCCGCUGAUUUAUACACACAAGCCGCAAAUGCGUUUCGAGUACAAAAGUUGAACAAGGAAGCCGGUAUGGCCUUCGAAAAGGCCGCCGCCGUCUACACCACUAACCUCAAUGAACCCGACGAUGCCGCCAACGCGUUGACCGAAGCAUUCAAGGUGUACAGAAAGACAGAUCCCGAGGACGCAGCUCGCGUUCUGCAGGGUGCUAUCAGCCAUUACAUAUCGAAGGGGAAUUUUCGACGAGCGGCAACACACCAACAAAAUCUAGCUGAAGUCUACGAGGUUGAAAUCGGAGAUGAAACAAGGGCGAUGGAGGCAUACGAGAAAGCUGCGGAGUGGUUCGAAGGUGACAACGCUGAAGCGCUUGCAAACAAGCAUUUCUUGAAGGUGGCAGACCUUGCCGCUCUAAAAGGCGAUUACUAUAAGGCUAUUGAGAAUUUUGAAAAGGUAGCCAAAUCCUCUAUUAGCAAUCAUCUUAUGAAGUGGUCUGUGAAGGAUUACUUCCUCAAAGCAGGGAUGUGCCACCUUGCUUCAAAAGAUCUGGUUGCAACCAAUCGCGCACUACAGUCUUACGUUGACCUCGAUAACACUUUCCUUUCCACUCGGGAGCAUCAAUUGCUCGUCGACCUGACACAAGCUGUGGAGCAAGGGGAUCAAGAUGCCUUUGCUGACAAACUAUUCCAAUACGACCAAUUGAGCAAGUUAGACAAAUGGAAAACGGCAAUAUUCUUGCGCAUUAAGAAUAAUAUUGAAGAGACUGGCGAGGACUUCUCGUGA